AUGACACAUCUUGAUCUCUUCCUGCAAAAGGGGCCCGCAAAUGGCAACCUUGUUGCUGGGCUAGAGGAGCUGCGCCGAGUGGUACUGCUGGAUGGCAUACCGUCGAAUAGCGAUGGCAUGUCAGAGCUGCGAAUCCAUGUAUGGCUAAUCCUCCUCAAUGCACCACCAAUGCGAACAGACACAUAUCUGGACCUCGUCCGCCAAGGCGCCUCACCAGCCUACGCCAAAAUCCGCAAUGACACUUUUCGAACUUUGACAACAGAUCCUCUCUUCCGCAGACGCGUGACGGAGAACAGUCUCACACGCGUUCUCAACGCCAUAGCAUGGAAGCUUCAGGACGCACACGAAUCACGCGUCAAUGGCUGGAUGUCGCCGCCAACUCUCGGCAUACCCAAGAGUCUCGACGGAACUGAUAACAUGUUCCACUCGCCUGCUUCGGUCAGCACACGACAUACCCGUGGCUCCGUCACAGGGACCGAAGGCUCAGAGGCUGGUGGCGAGAGCUCGGGCUCCGUAGGCUACGUUCAAGGCAUGAACGUCCUAGCUGCUCCAUUCCUCUACACGGCACGGAGCGAGGCAGAAGCCUUCGCUGCUUUCGACCGCUUCAUUACUCACGAAUGCCCAGGCUACGUUCGAGGUAGCAUGGAAGGUGUGCAUAAAGGUCUAGCGCUCGUAGAUCAGAUCCUGGCCCUGGUUGAUCCCAAGCUGUCCUCACAUCUGCUGAGCAAGGGCAUGAAAGCCGAGAUCUAUGCUUUUCCGAGUGUGCUAACACUUUGUGCAUGCACGCCACCACUACCCGAGGUACUGCUACUUUGGGACUUCUUGCUUGCUUACGGGCCCCACUUGAAUCUGCUGUGUAUUGUGGCGCAAUUGGUUUUGGUCCGAGACACGCUAUUGAACAGUUCGAGCCCGAAGCCCGACUUCAAGCCGCUGCGCGCACGCAAGGUGAUCGACUAUACUGUCAACUUUGCCCGCAAGAUCCCUAGCGAUCUGUAUGAGCAGAUGAUACAGCAUGCCAAGUGA